AUGUCGUCGUUCGAACCGGUUGUCGUCAUCGAUGGCAAGGGCCACCUUCUCGGCCGCCUCGCCAGCAUCGUCGCCAAGCAGCUCCUGAACGGCCAGAAGAUCGUCAUCGUUCGCUGCGAGGCCCUCAACAUCUCUGGCGAGUUCUUCCGCGCCAAGCUCAAGUACCACGCCUACCUGCGCAAGAUGACCCGAUACAACCCCACCCGCGGUGGUCCCUUCCACUUCCGUGCUCCCUCCCGAAUCUUCUACAAGGCGGUCCGUGGCAUGGUCCCCCACAAGACGGCUCGGGGUGCUGCCGCUCUCGAGCGCCUCAAGGUCUUCGAGGGCGUCCCCCCUCCCUACGACAAGCAGAAGAAGAUGGUCGUCCCCCAGGCGCUGCGUGUCCUCCGACUCCAGCCCGGCCGCAAGUACUGCACCGUCGGUCGUCUCAGCCACGAGGUUGGCUGGAAGUACCAGGAUGUUGUUGCUCGGUUGGAGGAGCGAAGAAAGGCCAAGGGCGCCGCCUACUACGAGCGCAAGAAGGUUGCUGCGCGACAACUGUCGGAUGCGAAGAAGAACGCUACCGUCAAGCCCGAGACUGCCAAGGCCCUGGCUGCCUACGGAUACUAG